GUAUGGGAUGGGGAUUAAUGGAUGGAUGGCGAUACCGGCUACUGUAACCCGACCGAAGGUUCCUUACAGGUCCGAGGAGGGGCGGAAAAGAGCGGAGGGGAUGGAGGCUUCUCUCACCGGAUCCUUCCUUGCAGCAGAUGGGGAUGCUCCACAUACGGAACAUGACUCUGGAGAGAAGAAAGAUCCUGAGAAGCUUCCAGAGCCAACUGAUAUCGCUGCUGUUAGUCAGGACAUUGUUCUACCUGAAGCAGCUGUAGGAAAAACAUCCCGUGGGACCCCGAGCUCUGAGAAAAGCCUGAACAGCAGCAGAUCUCAAAGCAAACGUCGCUCUUGGCGUCGGUCGAGCCUGAAGGGGAAGAAACGUCGGAAAUCUCUGCCUCCUUUUCAUGAGGAUCUUACCGCACUGAGCCAAGCAAUUAGCCUGGACCUGCCAGAAACAGAUCGCCUUUCUAUGCUGCUCUUAUCCAGCUUCCAGUUCUCUAUGCAGAAGCUCGAGCACAACUUGGAGCAGACAGAAGGCUUCAGCCCCGAGGCCUUCAAAGCCAACGUGAGCUCCGUUUCAGAAGACCUGAAACGAUACAUAGAGAAACUGAAGCUGGAUGGAACCUUGCAGAGCUGCAUUGAGAAAGCUGAAGGGGAUUCCUUGGGUUCUGUUUCGGAUAAGUCAGUUUGCAAAGCAAAGGAGUGCAUUACCAGGUUUUCAGCUGAAUGCCAGGCGUGGGAUGAGCUCCUACAGCGCUACCAGAAGGAUGCAGAGGAAACAUCCAAGCAGCUGGAGGAUUGCAAGAGCAAACAGGGCCGGGCAGAAGCUCCAUUACCUUCAUACAUCCCAGCCGAGGUGCUGAGCACCAAACCCAACUAUCAGAGCAUCCUGGAUGAGCAGGGCGAGGUGCUGAGCUGCAUGGAAUUACAGCUCGAUGAACUGCAGCAGGCAGCCAAGAUGCUGAAGGCCUUCAGUGAGGACAGCAGGCAGUACCUGCAGGGGGUGUCCGGGCGGCUGGCCGCACGGACCUUCCGGCAGCUGGAAAACUCCCCGGUGAGGAAAUUGAUCGCAGCCCCCGACCGGAAAGCACCACCGGAGGGAUGAGCUGGGCCGAACGGAACCGAGCGGGGCCGAACGGAACCGAACGGAGCCGAGCGGAGCCGAAUGGAACCGAACGGAGCCGAAUGGAGCCGAGCGGAGCCGAAUGGAGCCGAGUGGAGCCGAAUGGAGCCGAGUGGAGCCGAAUGGAGCCGAACGGAGCCGAGCGGAGCCGAACGGAGCCGAACGGAGCCGAGCGGAGCCGAACGCGGCGCUCCCAAUAAACGGCCCCGUGUUGGCGAACUGCG